UGUAAACGGAAGUGAACAUUGACUAAGAACAAUUUCGUACCUUAGUGUUUCUAUUGUUGUUAUUUAGACGUUUAUUAACACCCUGGAACUCAGAAUAUGACUAAUUUAACUGCAUAGCCUCACAUAGUUACACCCAGGUAGUAUUUAAUUCGCGUUAGAGACAGAACUUGGUUGGUAGAUAGUAAUGCUAGGUAGCUGCUAACAAUGGCUAAAUGUAUGGUUUUUCACACACAAAUAGCCUCCAUUAUGGAGGUGCUAGCGAAUGCAGCCGUGGCAGAGAUCUGUAAACUCGUCGACGACGACUAUGCAGUGUUUCGUUUGGAAAUAACUCAAAGCCAGAAAGAAAACAGGGCAUUGCAGAGGAAACUACAGCUACUUGAACUGAAGGUGGCACGGGAGCGCGCAGAGAGGACAACUCGAGAGCGCGCCCUAGCUAGUCGUCCCAGUAGUGUCAAAAUCCUCGACCGAUACAGAGGCAUGGCAAGAGGUGAAGGACAUCUCACUGGAGGCCACAGGAACUUUGUGAAGCCAGUAGGACACAACGUGUGGAGAGUUGACCAACCAAUAGCUAUAGAUGAGGGGAGUGGAACCUCAACCCAGCAUGUUAUCGUGAAAGCGUCUGCAGAUGCAGAGGCUGCAGGUCCUGGGUUCAAGCUGGAAAGGUAUGAAGGAAAGGAGGACCCACCGCACAGCAGAGACAUCCAGACUGGAGUGCCUGCUGUAGCCACGGAGGACCCCACCCUCGCCCCAGCACUGCCCAGGGCCCAAUGCAGCAUCACGGAGGUCAGUGGAACGCUGAACACCGUCCUCAAGUCAGAGACAGACACUGAGUCUUUAACGGUGCUGGAGCGACUGAGCUGUCCUCCUGCUCCCCGCUCAGAGUAUUUAGUGUACGGGAGCCCGAGGACGGUUCUAUUCCAUCAGGACUCAGGUGAUGCGUUAGAGACUGGCAAUGAUCCGUCCUGUUCAUACGCUACAGACACAGAGAUGAUACCUGGUGACGUGCCUGUGGGCUUAGAUACACAGACUAAUUCAAUGAGAGGGGACUGGAACCGGUACAGUAGUAGUGUAUAUUCUGAAGGGUGCCUAGAUAAGAAAGGGGAGGGUCUGGUCAUAGAUGAGGUGACUGUGAAAGUGGAGGGUGAUGCUCUUCUGACAUGGAAUGCAGACGAGACUCACUUAGGAGAAGGACACUCUCAGGAAAACAAGAGUGACUUCUUAGACUACAGGGAAAGCUUAGAGCCAAAUCCAAAUAUCGCAACCCACUCCCCUUUACACACGCUCAAGGAUCGCGACCCAGCGUCCACGUCUAUGGCACCUUCCGAUUCACACAACCGUGCCCUUUUCGAUCAGGUAUUAAACUCAAACGACAGGGCUAGAGCCCAGGGAGGGGGAGCAACAUCAGGCGGUAAUAAGGAGAAACGGUUCUUCUGUAUGUUCUGUAACAAAGGCUUCAACUGCCCUCAGAAGGUGGAGAUCCACCAGAGGGUCCACAUAGGGGUGAAACCCUUCAGCUGUACCCAGUGUCACAUGCGCUUCUCCCUGGCUUGGAACCUGAAGAUCCACCAGAGGGUCCACACAGGGGAGAAACCUUACAGCUGUACCCAGUGUCACAUGCGCUUCUCACACUCAUCCAGCCUGAAGAGGCACCAGAGGAUCCACACAGGGAAGAAACAAUUCAGCUGCCCCUAGUGUGGGAAGACGUUCUCCCACCAGAACCAGCUGAUGAUGCACUUGAAGUUUCACACGUGAGAAAGGUCGUUUGCCUGUACGCACUGCGGGAAGAGGUUUCUCAGAGAGGAGCUACCUCAGGAUACAUAAGCAGAAAAAACAUUUGACUCUAUAACAUAGAAAGUAACCAUUCCCCUCGAUAGCUUCUGACAUUUAGAUCAAACCUUGCAUUAAAGAUACAUUUUCAUUUGGAAUAACAAGAGUAACAGAUUUCAGUGUUGAAUAUUCCUGUGUAGAAUAUUGUAUUGAGACAGUGGCCUUGUCCGAAUACCCAUACUAGCGUACGAUAUACUUAAACUGCAUACUAAUUUCGGCAUUGGAUCUAGUAGAAUUCACUCACCUUUUCCCACUCACGUGUUUGACAACAGCUGAUCAUCAGAAAAAUUAAUGCUCUGUACCAAAAAGAACGAAUGGCGGGAGUCUACGUAAUCACACAAUAGAUGAUGCAUUUGGUGUACUAUUUUCAACAUUUCAUAUAUUAUAGAAUUGUAUUUUUUGGCAUACUAUUUAGUACGCUACUAUGGGUAUUCGGACACAGCCAUUGUGUGAUAUAAGCCUAAAAAGUCUGUUACAUAUCGUGUUUGUACUGUGUAGGCUAUAUGAUGUUCACAAAUGCCUAUUUCAUUACUUCCAUUCAACUACUUGAUUUUUUUCCCAAGACACUUUUCAAUUAGAAAAAUAAUGCAGUUUGUCAAGUUCAUGCAGAUUUUGGUCUAGAAUGAAGAUGACAAGCGCCUGGAUUAGGAUCUGCGCAGCUUCCUGUCUGAGGAAGGGUCGUACUCUACGGCUGGAGUGAGUCACUGCUUUGAUUUUUGCUGAAAAUGACAGGGUGUUGUCCAGGGUCACGCCAAGGUUCUUUGCACUCUGGGAGGGGGACACAGUGGAGAUGUCAACCGUGAUGGAGAGGUCUUUGAGCGGGCAGGCUUUCCACGGCAGGAAGAGCAGCAACAUCUUGUUGAGCUUGAGGUUGUGGGCCGAUAUCCAAGUUGAGAUUUCUGCCAGACACACACAGAUGCGUGUGUAUGUGUGGUUUACAUAUAUGGUGUAUUUAACUCUCGUUUAUGUUUAAUAAACAUAAAAUGGGACUUUUCA